UUUGCUGCUGCUCGCUCCUCUGCUUGCUUUUGAAUCUCGGCCGGAUCUCGGCGAUCGAUCCUUGAAGAUUUUAAAAAAUCCUUUUCGAAUAUGAUGGCGCGACCGAGGAAUUAUCGCCCUUCAUCUCGGAAAUCCUCGUAUUCAACGGUCGUCUUCGUGGUAUUGAUUAUGUUUACUUUCGUGAUUUUGUUUCUUCUCGCGCUUGGAAUUCUCUCCCUGCCCAGCAACAAUGCCGGUUCUUCCAAGGCCAAUGAUCUCACUUCCAUUGUCCGGAAAACUCUUCAGAGAAGUGGCAAGGAUGACUCAGAGAACGAACGUUGGGUUGAAAUUAUCUCUUGGGAACCAAGAGCUUCUAUUUACCACAAUUUCUUGACCAAGGAGGAAUGCGAGUAUCUAAUAGAGCUAGCUAAGCCACAUAUGGAGAAGUCAACAGUUGUCGAUGAGAAGACUGGAAAGAGCACAGAUAGCAGGGUUCGAACCAGCUCAGGAACAUUUCUUGCAAGAGGUCGCGACAAAACUAUCCGUGAAAUUGAGAAAAGGAUAUCAGAUUUUACAUUCAUACCAGUUGAGCAUGGGGAAGGUCUUCAAGUUCUCCACUACGAAAUAGGGCAAAAGUACGAGCCUCAUUAUGACUACUUCAUGGAUGAGUAUAACACUAGGAAUGGGGGCCAGCGGAUAGCCACAGUUCUCAUGUAUCUAUCAGAUGUGGAGGAAGGGGGUGAAACAGUGUUUCCUGCAGCCAAGGGAAACUACAGCGCAGUGCCAUGGUGGAGUGAAUUGUCAGAGUGCGGGAAAGGCGGGCUGUCCGUGAAACCAAAGAUGGGAGAUGCAUUGCUUUUCUGGAGCAUGACACCUGAUGCGACUCUAGAUCCAUCUAGUCUUCAUGGUGGGUGUGCUGUUAUCAAAGGGAACAAGUGGUCAUCCACUAAGUGGUUGCGUGUACAUGAGUACAAGGUUUGAGGCUUUGAGCCAUCAUUGAGAUGAAUGGGGAAAAGUAGUAUGUAAUGCAAGAAGAAGAGUAAUCAAGUUGUGAUGCUACAGGGCAGCGGGUGGGUUCGCCUGAAAGCUGAGAUGAGCCUCGUCAGAGUUUUGAGGGAAGUUGGGUGGGAAACCAGAAGAAUAGAGAACAAGGGAAUACAACAUUACACUAGUAGUAGAAGUGAAGGCUUGGGAUUUGUUUUUGAUAUAUAAUGUUUUAAA